GCGUGUGUUGUGGCCUUAUUUUUUUACUUUUAAAAAAGUGUGUGAACAUGUUGCGUAAGUGCGUGACGUUGGCGGCAUUGGGGUGUGUUUUGGCGGGACCCGGGCCUAUUAGGGCGCAGUAUCAAGUUCAACAACAGGAACAGCAAGAGAUCCCACCACACCUCCUAAGGCAGUACUUGGCACAACAGGCGCCUGCGCAGACACAAGUAAUCGCCCGCCCCCAACCAGCCCCCGCUAGACUGCCAUACCAAGUACAAGCCGAGCACCAGUACCAACAGUACCAGCCUGUACCUCAACAGUACAGACCCGCACCUCAACCUCAACCUCAACCGCAGUACCGACCUCAACCCGCCCAGUACCAGCCCGCGAGACAACAGGACGCCCGCGAGCCUGAAGACUACGACCCUCAUCCAUCCUACCAGUUCGGUUUCGACGUGAACGACGACCAGUACACCAACUACCAGAACAGGAAGGAACAGAGGGACGGUGACGUCAUCAAGGGCUCGUACUCCGUCGUCGACAGCGAUGGAUUCGUCAGGACUGUCACGUAUACCGCUGACCCUAAGGAAGGAUUCAAGGCUGAGGUAUCCCGACAGCCCACCGACAUCGUGGUAAAGAUCCCCACACCCAAACCCCAGCUGCAGAGCCUGCCGCAACCCCAACCCCAACACCACCAGCAACAACAGCAGCCGCAGUACUACCGUUACCAGCAGUAAUUGUAGGUAGAAAUGACAAAGAGUUACAAAAAGUUGACAGUUAUAGGGUAAAAAUUGGACGAGCAUUUCUAAAAAAAUAAUUCCUAUGUUGUUACCAGGUUUUUAUAAAACAAAAAAUUAUAAUUUAAAUAUCAAAAAAAGGAAACAAUGGUAAUAAAAUAGGAAACUUGUCGUAUUUUCAAUUAGAUCGGUAAUACAUGGUGUGUAUUUAUUUAGAAAUGCUUAGAUGUACCUAAAUAUCAAAAGCCUAGAUUAUUUUCGUUCCUCAAAAAGAAUAUGUUUUAAAUUACUGCCAUUCUUACCAACCUAUGAUUUAGUGCAGCGUAUAAUAUUAAUAAAGUAAAUUCUCGUCUAAUUUGGCAUUUUAAAUGGUACAUAAGAAAACAUUUGACAAGUAUAGCUGCAGUACUAAAAGCGUUAAAUUACUUCUAUUAAUAUUUGCAAUUAUUUAAAUCUAGUAACUGUGAUCGACCGUUAAAUAAAUAGUUAAUAUUUUUAAAAACCCUGACGAUUUUCUAUUUGUGCCAAAAUGUAGAAAACUCAUAAUAUAUUUUGAUAUCUACUUGAUACUGCAACUUUUUGGUAGCAUACAAAGUGACUAUUAAAAUGUUAUCUCUUUUAGUUAACUUUUAAACUUUACUUUAGUUAACUAUAUUUUAUUUUUAUACUUUAAUAAACUAUUUUGUAAAUAGAUAAGUAGAAGGUGAUUAUUUGUUACCUAAUAAAAUAUUUAAAAUUC